AUGUCACAAUUGAAUAAGUGGAUGCUGGGAGGCAAGAUAUCCAAGCUGGUUAUUGUCAUUACGGACAAGGACACCGGAGAGCACGUUGAGAGAUGGCAGUUUGAUGUCGAAAUAUUCAAGCAGUCAAAGAACAAGGCUGCUAAAGCUGCAGCUGAUAAUGAAAACGCCAACCCGGGGGCACAAGCCAGCAGCCCUGCGCCGGUUGAAAAGUCUGAGAAAGAGAUACAGGACGAGAUUCAGGCAAUAUUCCGUCAAAUCACGGCCUCAGUCACCUUUCUACCAAUGCUUGACGGGAACUGUACGUUUAACGUGCUCGUCUACGCGGAUGCCGACUCUGAAGUGCCUCUGGAAUGGGGUGACAGCGACGCCAAAGAGAUUGAAAAUGGAGAGAAAGUGCAGUUACGUAGUUUCAGCACGAGCAACCAUCGGGUUGACACCAUGGUUAGCUACAGGUAA